AUGGACUCGAAGGAAGCUAACGUGCAACAACCGCCUGCAGUGGAAAAAGAUGUCUCUCUCGGAGAGAUCCGUGAUAUCGGGGCUGAUCUAUACGUCGAGGCCGAUCAGUUGUCGACCGAAGAAUUAGAGAGCGAAGGGGCUAAGGUCUUAAGAAUUCUGGACUGGAGAAUUAUGCCAAUUGUGAAUAAAUUAUCUCUCAACUAUGCUUCGGCGUACUCGCUCAUUCCUGACCUUGGCCUGGAGGGCCAGCGCUACUCCUGGGUGGCUGCCAUCUUCAACUUUGGCUAUCUGUUCUGGGCUAUCCCCGCAAACCUACUUAUUCAGAAACUGCCUGUCGCCAAGUAUAUGGGAGGCAUGAUUCUCAUCUGGAGUGUCAUCGUGAUCGCCCAUAUUGGAGCGAAGAACUAUGCAGGCAUUCUGGUACUGAGAUUCCUCCUGGGUAUGGCAGAGGCAGGCGUCAGUCCAUGCAUGAUGGUUAUUACAUCCAUGUUCUACAAGCGCUCUGAACAGCCUCUUCGCAUGGCCAUCUGGUUGAGUGCCAACGGGAUGGCGACCAUGGUAGGAGCAUUGCUCGGCUUCGGUCUCGGACACUCCCACAACACCGCUCUCCAUAGCUGGCAACUCAUUUUCCUGACUAUUGGACUCCUUAACUUUGUCUGUGGAGGCGUAUUCCUCGCAUUCAUGCCUGAUUCGCCCGCUUCUGCGCCCUUCCUGACACAUCGCCAGCGUGUCGUAGCUGUCAGGCGAGUCGCAGAGAAUAUGAUUGGCGUGAAGACUCGACAGAUAAAACUUGGACAGGCCGUGGAGAAUCUAUACGAUAUCAAAAUACUUUGCUGUGCAGGUAUCGGCAUUGCUUGCGGGGUCAUUAACGGUGGCGUUUCGAAUUUCGCUUCAUCGCUGAUCAAAGGAUUCGGUUUCAGUGGAAUCAACGCUACACUCCUUCAAUUACCAACGGGUGCCAUUGAAGCAAUAAUAGUCCCGAUAUGCGGUCUCGUUGCAACAUACGUUCCUAACUCACGCUGCAUCGUUCUCGCCGUUGUGAGUGUCAUUCCAUUCGCCGGGCUACUGGGUAUCCGCUUUACGAGCCUUGACCACCGGUGGACGCUUGUUGGAUGCACCUGGCUUCAGUAUAUCAUUGGUGCUCCGGUCAUUGUUUCCUGGAACCUACUGUCUACCAAUGUAGCAGGCCACACCAAACGAGCGGUCGCCAACGGAAUAUGGUUUACACUUUAUGCCGCGGGGAAUGUUGCUGGCGCAAAUAUCUUUUUCUCUCAUGAAGCUCCGCGGUAUUAUUCUGCAUUGACAGGCCUGCUGAUUUGCUAUGCUGGGAUCAUAGUUUUGUCAAUCAUGGCAUACAUGGCUAUGCGAUGGGAGAAUAUGCGAAGAGAUGCUGCUGCGGCAGCAGCUGGGGAGGAUACAACCUCCCAUGAGACUCAGUCUCAAGCGAUUGUAGAUGGGUUCAAAGAUAUGACUGAUAUGGAGUCUAAGCACUUCAGAUAUGCACUCUGA